GAACAAUUUCACUGAGCUACUAGCGGGCCGCGGCUUCAACCCCCCUCAAACUCUCCUCCGCGUUUUACUCGCGGAGCUGUUCUUUCAUUCCUUUUCGGAUCUUCUUUGAGACCCGCGGCGGGUGUUUUGCGUCGUUUGAGCUCCUCAUCGUCGCGGACUGACACACGGACGGAGACGCCGACUCUCACGGUGUAUGUGUGGCAACAACAUGUCUGCGCCGCUGCUCGCCGAGGCUGUGACGGUGUCCGGGAACGAGAAGGAGACCGCAGCGGUAAUUUUCCUUCAUGGAUUGGGAGACACAGGCCACGGGUGGGUUGAAACCUUGACGGGGAUCCGACUGCCUCACGUCAAGUUCAUCUGCCCUCAUGCGCCGAUGAUCCCCGUCACCCUUAACAUGAACGCCACGAUGCCCGCCUGGUUCGACCUCAAGGGUCUCAGCCCCGAAGCCCCCGAGGACGAAUACGGAAUCAAAAAGGCGGCUGAUGACAUCAAGGCCAUCAUCGAGCAUGAGGCCAAAAAUGGGAUCCCUCCCAACCGCAUCAUGCUCGGCGGUUUCUCUCAGGGCGGGGCCUUGUCCCUGUACACCGCUCUGACCUGCCAGCACCAACUGGCCGGCGUGGUGGCCCUCAGCUGCUGGCUGCCGCUUCACAAGACCUUCCCUUUGGCGUUAAGCGGCAGCAAGAACCUGCCCAUCCUGCAGUGCCACGGUGAGAAGGACGAAAUGAUCCCCGUGCAGUUUGGCGCCAUGACGGCCGAGAAGCUCAAGUACAUCAUCAACCCGCAGAUGAUCACCUUCAAAAGCUACCCGGGGGUCUCUCACGCAUCCUGCCCUCAGGAGAUGCUGGCAGUGAAGGAGUUCAUUGAGAAGCACUUGCCUCGAAUCUGACCUCAUCCCCCCCCCCCCCCUCACCGAUGACACUGACCCCCGAACCUCCUCCCCCCGCCCAACCCUAUUUUGUCAUUCCCCAAACAGGAAACAGCCAUGAGCACCCCUUCCUUCCAAACACAAAUUGGAUUCUUAAAAGUAAAACUUCAGUGCUCAUCUUUGCAAUUCAUAGCCAUUGGAGGGAGAAAAUCAGCCCAACAUGGAACAUUCCUGUUGAUCAACUCGCUGUGUCCUCUUGCAACACGUUUCCCUUUUUGUGUUGCUUGUCAACCUCCGGUUGUCCUCAUUCACUCCCAUUCCAUGUUUUCUUUUUUUGUUCUGACCUUUUUAUUUGUAGUCAAAAAUGCUUAUUAUUGCAAAUGAAGUCGAUCUCCCUCCUUUGGCAACGUAACCGUCUAACCCGCUGAUCAAGUCUCACUUGUAAAACUUUCCAAAAAUGUCAAUGCACUGACAGGGUGGUAAGAAGAACAUAAUCGAAGAGUGAUUUUACAAAUUAGGAAAGAAAGUUAACCUGAACAACUUGAUCUUUAGAGUGUCACUCUGAGUGAGGAGUCACGUGCGUAAAAAUCAACAUGUCAAGUGAUCUGUGUUCUCACCCCCCCCUUUUCCGUGAAUGUUGUUUUUACGCUUGUGCCCCCCUGUUGGCACUUUUUUGGAAAAUCUUUGGGGAAAGGAGGAAAGACAUCCGAUUUGAUUGUUGUUGACAAAUCAUUGAAUGUCACGGUCGCGUCACACGUUGAGUAACGGUUGUUUGUCAUCCUCUAAGACUGCUGCCUAACUUUUUUUUUUUUUUAUGUGAUUAUUCCGAAUGUGUGACGAUGUUUGUUGCACAUUUUCAUGUGGUUUCUCCUGGGUUUGAGUUUAAUAUUUUUGUGUAUCCAAUUUUUUUUUUUUUUUUGCUUGUGUGUUUUGCCUCUGUUGUCAUCUCAUCCUUUUAUUGUAUUGUUUAUAUGAUGACCAUCCAGUAACAGGAGACUGGUGGUCUUGUUUGCAAGCACCUGUAUGCAGAAUAAAUGACAAGGAAAAACA